CGAUCCUUCUCCACGCGAGGCGUCCACCUGCGAAGCACCAACCAAGCCAAGCUUGCAUACUAUCGUAGCGUGCAAAACUCCCGCCGCGCCAAUCCACCACCUCGAUCGCCGUCGGCCGGCCCCCCAGAUCCAGCGCGAAUGGCCACUCUCGUGUUCGACGCGGCGGUCCUCAGCCGGAAGGACGACAUCCCGCCGCAGUUCGUCUGGCCAGCCGACGAGGCCCCGUCCGUCGACGGCGUGGAGGAGAUCGCCGUCCCGGUCGUCGACAUCGCCGGGUUCCUGGCGGGCGACGGCGCUGCCACUGGCGGCCUCCGUGACCUGGCCGCCGCGUGCGAGAAGCACGGGUUCUUCCAGGUCGUGAACCACGGCGUGGACCCGGCGCUGCUCGCCAAGGCGUACCGGUGCUGCGACGCCUUCUACGCGCUGCCGCUCGCCGAGAAGCAGCGCGCGCAGCGCCGCCUCGGCGAGAACCACGGGUACGCCGGCAGCUUCGUGGGGCGGUUCGGCAGCAAGCUCCCCUGGAAGGAGACCGUGUCCUUCAACUGCUCCGCCGCGCCGGAGGGCGCCCGCAAGGUCGUCGACUACUUCGUCGCCGUCCUCGGCGAGGAGUACCGUGACAUGGGAGAGGUGUGGCAGGAGUACUGCGACGAGAUGACGCGCCUGGCGCUGGACGUCACGGACGUCCUGGCGGCGUGCCUGGGCCUCGGCCGCGGCGCGCUGCGGGGCUUCUUCGCCGGCGACGCCUCCCUGAUGCGGCUGAACCACUACCCGCCGUGCCAGCAGCCGCACCUGACGCUGGGCACGGGCCCGCACCACGACCCGACGUCGCUGACGCUGCUCCACCAGGACGACGUCGGCGGGCUGGAGGUGUUCACCGGCGGCGCGUGGCGCGCCGUGCGGCCCCGGGGCGACGCCUUCGUCGUCAACAUCGGCGACACCUUCUCCGCGCUCACCAACGGGCGCCACAUCAGCUGCCUCCACCGCGCCGUCGUCAACAGCAGCCUGGCCCGCAGGUCGCUCACCUUCUUCCUCAACCCGCAGUUGGACUGCCCCGUUGCGCCGCCGGCCGAGCUGCUCGCCAUCGACGGCCGCCCGCGCGCGUACCCGGACUUCACUUGGCGUGAGUUCCUCGAGUUCACGCAGAAGCACUACCGCUCUGACUGGAGGACCCUGGAUGCCGUCGCCGCGUGGAUCAAUCAGGGCCGCAAAGGAUAGAAGGGAAACCGGCCAGAAAAGGAAGCAGGUGAAAUCUAAUAAAGAUACCAUCUAAAAUGGAGCAGAGACAAUUUGGAUGGAUGUGGAUUUUGAUUGAAUGUAAAAGAACCGGAUGUCUUGUUUUUUAUAUAAUGAUGAGACAUGAUGUGAA